UGCUACUCCGCCUCCUUGGCCGAGGCAUUGCCAGGGUUAAUUUCGAGGGCGAGUGAUGAUGCGAUGAUGUCAUCAUUCAUGACGCGAGGGCGCUGGGAAUCAACAACAGAACGGAAAACAGAGAAAGCGCAGCCGGGAGGGUAUACCAGCAAUCAUAUUAAUAUUAUAACUACGGGGACCGCACAAAAAAGCAAUUGUGAACUGCACCAGGCGGUAGUGCUGUCGCUGAGAAGCAAUCACAUGUGAUCGGAAAAUACUAAUUGCCAGUUUACACCUUCGCAUGAUGAGACAGCAUCGUCCGCGCAGAGUAGGCCCUGUUUGAUGCCCCGGCCUGUGGUGAGGUUGUGAGCCGGAUAGGCUGGGAGCGUCUUCUGUACAGACAAGGAAAUCCGUCCCUUGAAAGGACUGCGUCUAUGACCUUCCUGUUUGACAGAAGAGAUGUACCCUCCAACGAGAAAGGAUUUCAUAUCUUUAACCCUCACUGAGCAGGGCAGCAGGAGCUACAACAACAGCAAGAACUGGCGCAGGAAGUCUUGCUGGAGGAAAUGGAAGCAGCUUUCCAGGUUGCAGAGAAGCCUGAUUCUCUUCCUGCUUGCCUUCCUGUUGGUUUGUGCGUUAGCGACCUACCCGAACCUGGCAGAACACUGGAGAGCUCUUACAGAGAGAUCGGUGCAAGAGGAAUGGAGUGCCGUGGACAUUCCAGAGCUGAAACCUGUGAACCCAGCUGUGAUCCCAGAACAAGAGAGGAAGAUUGGACUGGUCUUCCCAGAGCCCCCUCCACAGAAACCUAAAAAAGUCCCCUCGAACAAGCGGGGACCGCCGGUAUUACAGCAUCGGCUCAUGAAGAGAGAGAACGCAUCGGAAACGCAAGUGAAAGAGAGAGAGAAAGAGGGACAGGCAGCGAAUGGGGAGGACGAGGGAGAGAAAUCCCUUGUCAGCUGGCGCGGGGCGAUGAUUGAACCCGAGCGCGGGACCGAGCCAGAGCCUUCUGCCAAGGAGGAGGGAGCGCCGGAUCCUGCAGCACAGGAAGGACCAGCUGCUGCUGCACACGAGCGCCAGAAGGCAGUGGUAGAAGCGUUCCAGCAUGCCUGGAAAGGCUACAAGGAAUUCGCCUGGGGUCAGGAUGAGUUGAAGCCCAUCUCGAAGUCCUACGGCACGUGGUUCGGGCUGGGGCUGACUCUCGUGGAUGCACUGGACACCAUGUGGAUUAUAGGACUGAAAGAAGAAUUUGAAGAAGCUAAAAGAUGGGUGGCCACUGAUCUGCAGUUUACCAAGAACGUGGACGUGAACCUGUUUGAGAGCACCAUCCGAAUACUGGGGGGACUGCUGAGCACCUAUCACCUGACCGGAGAGGACAUCUUCCUGGAGAAAGCAAAAGAUAUAGGAACCAGACUGAUGCCUGCCUUCAACACCCCGUCCAAGAUCCCAUACUCCGACGUGAAUCUUGGCCGUGGCACGGCGCACCCGCCUCGCUGGACCUCCGACAGCACGGUCGCCGAGGUGACGAGCAUCCAGCUGGAGUUCCGGGACCUGAGCCAGACCACCGGGGACAGCCAGUACCAGAAAGUUGUGGACGGUGUGAUGAAGCACGUGCACGGGCUGGCUGGGAAGCAUGACGGCCUGGUGCCCAUGUUCAUCAACACCAACAACGGGCAGUUCAGCCACCUGGGCGUGUUCACGCUGGGAGCGCGGGCGGACAGCUACUACGAGUACCUGCUCAAGCAGUGGAUCCAGGGGGGCAAGAAGGAGACCGAAUUGCUAGAAGACUAUGUGCAGGCGAUUGAGGGAGUCAAAAAGCACUUGCUGCGCAAAUCUCAGCCCAGUCAACUGACUUUUGUGGGAGAACUAGCGCACAACAACUUCAGCCCAAAGAUGGACCACCUGGUGUGUUUCUUGCCCGGGACCCUGGCUCUAGGGGCCCACCACGGUGUCUCCUCUGAGCACAUGGAACUGGCCAAAGAACUGAUGGAGACGUGCUACCAGAUGUACGCUCAAAUCGAGACGGGCCUGAGCCCUGAGAUCGUGCACUUCAACCUCAUCCCACGGCAUGGGCGGGACGUGGAGGUCAAGCCCGCUGACAGACACAACCUGCUGAGGCCGGAGACGGUGGAAAGCCUGUUCUACCUGUAUAGGUUUACAAGGGACAAGAAGUACCAGGACUGGGGCUGGGAGAUCUUGCAGAACUUCAACAAGUACACCAGGGUGUCCACGGGAGGAUACACGUCCAUCAGUAACGUCCGCAACCCGGACAACCCUGACCCCAGGGACAAGAUGGAGAGCUUUUUCCUGGGGGAGACUCUCAAGUAUUUCUACCUGCUCUUCUCAGAAGACUUUGACUUGAUAAACCUGGACAAGUUUGUCUUUAACACCGAAGCACACCCCUUGCCUAUCUGGACAUCUUCGUAAAGGUACGAACCUGCGGAAGGAAACUCGUGACUACAGUCAUCAGGGUUAUCUCAACUCUCAAGGGGGCUAGAAAAAAAUAAAUACCCCCAAGACCAAGGACUGAUGUUUUUCCAUUCAGAGCGAGUUUGUGGAGCAGUCUAAUAAUCACGUUUUACGAGCCCUCUGAACUUCUGAGUUCUUCUACCCUCGAUAGACUUUAACAGAGUAUCCAUCCAGAUUUGAUAUCUGUGGCUCUCAAACAAAAAUGUGAUGACGUGACAGUGUGAGGACAAUGGGGGGGGGGGGGUGUUCUUAAAUAAUUUAUUUUUAAUAAUAAUCUUUAUCUCCAGAAGCUUAGUAUGAAGAAGAUUCUGCAAAUGAACUGGUGCAAACCACAAUACUACUCUACAUGAAGUGACUGAGAAAAUGACCGGCUUUGACAAGAGUGUAUAUUGCAAGAUAAUGGUUUGAAGUUCCAUUUACUGGAUUGGUCCUGAGAAUGAAAAAAAAAAAAAAAAAAAACAUUUAACAGAGUGAAACAUGUAAUUAAAAUAGCGUACUUGCAGAAAUGAAUAAAGGAAGUACAGAGAAUAAGCCUGGUUUUUAUACCACUCUUUUAUACCACUGUUUCUAAUCAAGCCCAAACUUUGAACAGAAAACCUUUCUAAACUGAUCUACUCACUUUCUUGCAAGGAUGCAAGUUCGUUUCAUUCACGGGCCUUGGUGGUACUGUGACUAAAAAGAGCAUGUCUGUCCUGUUUUAAGAUUGCUGGACCUAUUUUCCUAAGUGUUUGGUGUGAAGAACAGUCAUUGUUGGAUUCUGGUCUGAAAAGGACCUUUGUCUGAACCUGUUCAAGAAUCACACACUGGCAUUUAUUCAUUUUGCUGUUGCUUUUCGAAUCCGCUACGGGCUGUAAUUUAUCGUCACGUGAGCUGGAACAGUUUCUGUACAGUACCUGGUACAGGUGACAUUUUAAGGUGCUCUGUAGUAGGAAAUUUCAUGAAGGAGGCAGAAUCAGUUUUUCUACAGGUAAUUUGCACACUGUGAAAAUGCUGUGGUAUCAUUUACAGUAUGUGACCAAAACUCCUGCCAUUUAUUUAGAGAAGGGGCUGCUAUCUAUUGUAUUUCUGUCCAACACACAUUUUGUACAAUACAGUAAACUGCAUUUAUUUUAUGUUUUUCUUCUACCUUCAUUUCCUAGCACGUGGAUCAGUGUGUGCUGAUUGCAAUUAGGACACAGUAACUUGCUUAUGCUCAUUUUAACCAUAUUGAAUUUGUUAAUGAGCUCUUUUUGUCGCUUGUUUGGAAUUUGCAGUCCUGUAAACAAGAUAUUGUAAAUGUAAUAUAAUUGCAUUGAUGACUACAGUAUGCCUUUUGUGAUGGGACACCUUGCCAUAUUAAUUCCAUUUAUUGCAGUUGUACCCAGUGGGGACUCUCUCUGUAUGCAGGUUUAAACAAAACCCUGUGGGCAGCACUACAUCCUGGGUCACUGCUGUAGGGCCCUAUUUAUAAAGUGAAGGACUGUUCUGUUCUGUUUGUCUGUAAAAACAGUCCUUGAAGUUUUAUGAACACAGCCCAUUGUAUUGAUUUAUUUUUUAGAUCAGCUUUUAUAUUGUAAUUUCUAUCUUCUGUACACUUGGUGAGGUUCAGUCCAAGUACUUCUGUUCAUGCACGUGCCAUAUUCUCUAUGGCAGAUAAACUGUGUGCUCUGACCCCAUGUCGUUUUGCACAUGUGGAGGUAUUUCAGUUUUUUUUUUAUAUGUUAUACAGUUCGUUCCUGCCUCGGACUUUAUGCUACAAUCCAUUCCAAUUAGAAACAUAUUAUAGAGAUGAGGUUUUCAGUGCAGUCCAUGCUGCAGGCACAUCGUCUUACUGUACUACAGAGAGACAUUUUCCUGAGUACAGUGAAAAGAUUACAGUAUGGGAUAAGUUGAAAUGGCUUGCUUAAUGGAAAGCUGUCAAACCAAGUGGCGUCUACCUACAGUACUAUAAAUUGCCCUGAACACUAAAGCCAUUCAAUUUGAAGCUUUACAGGAGAAUGCUGCAGUGUUAUGGUCACUGCGUGGACUGCUUUUGUGAAAAGUAUUUCAGUUUAAACAAAGCUGUGUAGAGAACCCAAAAUGCCUCAGCAAUAUGCUUUUAUCUAUUUAAAAUAUAUAUUAAUUUAAAAAUCAUGUUUUUGUUUAUUUUAGAGAUUCUUGUACAGUAUAUUAAAUGUACUAUACGAACAGCGAUUGAUCCUGCUGGUUUAGUUUAGUCAGCUUUGCAUUAAAAAAGACCAAGAAAUUUCUAAGCGUGUUGCAAAAAAUGAAAGUAGUGUGCUGCAAGAAGUGACACAGGAAAGCACUAAUUAAGGGGAAGAAAUUAGGAGCAGAAGAUUUUUUAUUGUUCGGUUUAUAUAAACUGGGAUGAAAAUUGUACUCCUGGCUAACAGUUUGAGCUAUUCUGUCUUUUACUGUGAGCACUGUCUGCUGUUUCAAUCUCUAGGGGAACAUGUGUGCUAUCUAAAACCUGGAUAGGCACAGUCUGCUCCAGUAGGCAAUGGGAGACUUUGAUUUUUACCAAUACAGUUAAGUACCAUAAUCUGAGCUUUUUAACAUGCCUUCUGAAGACAUGUUCAGCAACUUAUUGUAAAAUAGGGUCCUUUGCUACUUUGCUAUGACUUACAUUUUCAAUUGACUGUUUAUUUAGUCUCCUUGGACACAAUUCUGCUUAGAUUGUAAUGUCUAGGAUGCCACUUUCUUGUCAAUGUAAAAAUGAAACCUGAUAGACCCUAAAUGUCUUAAACUGUACUCUUACAGUUGCACCCAGGAGCUGUACGAUCGUGUUCUCAAAUGUAACUUCAUGCAAUCACACCAUUUUUUAUGAAUAACAUUUGGUUACGCUACUUAAAAAGAGAAUGCAAGUGGUAUUAUUUUAAUGGUUUUAUGUUUUAUGACAUUGGUGUUUCUUUAAAGGGUUUUUAACCAUUUCUUUUAGCUAUUCAAUCUCAAUACACGGUAAGUUUUAAUUGUACGACUAUUACAGAAUACGUGGUAAUUUAUAUUCCUAAUCACUUCUCAGAAACUAAACUCAUUAAAGUGUGUAUCAGGUGCAACAUAAAUAAAGCACUUGUCUCUCUUGCUUUUGAAUAAUAAACCGAUAAAAUGUAAGCAAUACAAUGUCUUUAUUCUCCUACUGGUUUCUGUACAGAGAUCGUUAUCCAGGGCUCUUCCAGUCCAGGUUAUUCCAUCACACAGUUUUGUUUCAACCAGGUCCUGCCUUCUUUAACUUACCCUGCCGCAGGGUAAUUCAGUAAUUAAGAACCUGGUUGAUACAAAGCCCUGCAAUGGAAUGGACUGGAAUUGCCAUGGCUUGCUGCACCUGACCUGUAGCAUUUUCUAAUACAAAUCUUAACUGUACAUACAUUUCUUGGCAUAUCAACGUUCACACAAUUAAGUGGUGGUUUUAGUUUCUAAAUUCAAAUGUAAGAAUUUUUAUAAUUGUAUUUAAAAAAAAAAAAAAAAAAAAAGAAAAACCCCUUAAUGCUAGAGUGAUGCUCAAUGUUUUUGUUCUUUCUUAACUGCUGUUUGAACGAGAAAGAAUACAGGCUUUGUAAUGAUAUCUGUAUAUAAUGACGGUUUUUGUGGUGUAAUUAUGGGCUGUAUUAAUUAAAAAUUUUAAAACA